AGUUGCAAUCACAAUUUCAGACUUCCUGUUGUCAUCAGAUUUAAGUCAGUUUAACUUUAAUUUGCCAUUGGAGCAUAUGAAUUAAAGCAUGAAGAAGUUACAAGGUGACUGUGUCUUCUGGCUGGUCCUUCUGACUGGAGCUGCUCAGCUCCUACUAGUGUGUGGAGAGGGUUCACCUGCCGUACAGUGUCCAGAGUUGCCAUCCAUCCUGAAUGGAUCAAUAGAAUAUGUUGGAGAUGCUCUGAGUACCAUGGCGACGUACAUGUGCAACGAUAGUUUCUACCUAAACGGAGACAAUAACAGGAACUGCACUAUUGGAGAAGCAAGAACUAGUAUUGGGAUGUGGACAGGCCAAGAACCACAGUGUGUUCCUAUUGAGUGUCCUUCCCUUCAGCCAAUUACCAAUGGAGUCGUCAUCUACGCUCCCGAUACCACACCUGACUAUGAUUUGGGCACUGUGGCUACUUAUGCUUGUAACGCUGGGUUUGUUCUGUACCUCUCCCUAGGGGGAUGUGAGAUAAGAAUUUGUGUAGAUGAUAAUGGACUGGAUGCUGUUGGAGUGUUUGAUAGACAAGCACCAAUAUGUAUCCGUAAGUGAAAUAUUAUUGUUGCUUAGCUCUUGUAUAGGACUGAAUUCCAUACAGCUAUUGAGUGUUCUCCUCUACCGGCCAUUACUAAUGGAGUCAUAACCUACGCUCCCGACACCACACCU